AUAACACUCAGCACACAGAUGGCUACGUUGGGACAGAAGCCUACUAUAUAUACAAUUCUGAAGAGAAAAGUUUACGUUACGCUUGAGCCCAUGAAGAAGGGGACCUGGCGUAUCAUGGUACCAAUAACAACAGAAGAUUUGCUAAAGGACAUUAGAGGAAACCGAGUGACUUUUCAUGAUUGUUCUAUUGAAGAUAGGCUUCUUCUGUUGACUUUUCCUUUGUUGACCAUACCUGAUACUCCUGGUUUUUUACCAAUCUCUUCCCCAACUGGUAGUCAAUUAAUGGCUUCCUGGGAUACCUGUGUUGUUUCAUCUGUUGUUUUGGUAACCAAUAUGGAGACCUUUCAAACAAAUGAUUCAUUCCGUACUUGGACCAGAGUCAGGGUGCCUCCAAACAUUCUGAGUGAUGAUGAAAGACAGAGUGUGGUUGAUGUGAGCAUAUCAAGGGAUGGAAUAUUUUUUUUAAUACAUGGCAUUCUUUACUUUAAAAGUUUUCAUGAUUUUAUAAGACUAGGUAGAAUUUCAAAUCUUCCUGAUGGUGGAAUUAUUGGCAUUGCAACACGAAAAUGGUGUUGGACCAAAUAUUUAUUCAAGGCUAUAGGAAGAAGAAGCAACAUGGUAGUGUGGACAGAAAAUGAAGUUUACCUUGGAUACAUUUUUCUUAAAUUUGCUAGAAUAAUAACCACUAUAGAACUUAAAACUCUUCUAAAUCUAUCAUCAGCUGCUACUCUGACUAUACACAAUGUUGAGUACACAGGACACCCUCUGGAAAUUGCUGUGUUAUUAAAUUAUUGCACUAUAUGUACUCUCACCAAAAAGAUUUUAAUGGUGAUUUAUAAUGAAGAUACAAAACAGUGGGCAUUCCAAGACUUUAUACUUGAUGUCCCUACUGACAGUUUUUUAGUUCCAUAUUUUACAUUUUCAGCAAUGCCAGGAUUACUACUAUGGGACAAGCAUAGAAUCUACUAUUAUUAUAAUAAUUUCACCAUUACUGGGAUUUUACAGACCCCUGCAGGAAAUAGAAAUCUAUCACUACUGGCAAAUGACAGCAUCAUUCAUGAAGUUUUCCUAGAUUAUUUUGGAAAUAUUUUGAUAAAAAUGGAAAAUAAUAUGAUAUUUUAUUCCAAGAUUAAUGUUAGAGAUAUGGUGAGGCUGCAUUUAUGGGCAGAGAACAUAACAAGAACAUUCUUUUUCCAAACUCCAUCUGGGCAAUCAUAUCUCCUGCAUGUUUUUGACAAUGGCACACUAUAUGUACAAGAAUAUCCCUUAAGACUGGAAAUAGAAAGUAUAGGUUUCAAGACAAAAGACAAAUGCCCAUACACGGCAUUUCAUAAUAAUGUUGCUGGUAGUUUUUACCUUUUGGACAAAGGAGAAGUCCUGACACUUUGGGCUCAAAUAGUCUAUCCAGAAAAUGUUGGUCUGUAUACUAUUGUAGAAUCCUAUGGCCCAAAAAUAUUGCAAGAGAAACACCAAAUUCACUAUGAAAUUGCUUUUGGAUACUGCACUAAAACUCUGAUACUAACAUUUUUUCAGAGUAUAAAUUAUGAGGGAGUAGAUGAUUACUUCAAGUUGCAAGACCAGAACACAGGACUUGUACUUGUCCAGUUUCGACCUAGUGCAUAUUCAAGAAGAUGUCCAAUAGCCCAAAGGGUGUUCCAAAUAGCUGUUGGCUGUGAUGCUAAAAAAUUCAUUGCAGUUAAAGGAUUUAGUAAGAAAGGAUGUUUUCGCCAUGACUUUUCUUACGUGAUUGAAAAGUCAUAUCUGAGGCAUCAGCCAUCUAAAAACUUGAAAGUAAAGUAUAAUUGGAAUGAGUAUGGCUGCCCACUGAGACUUGAUUUCACAGCAAAGUUUCAACCUCUGAUUCAAUUAUUUGAUGAUAAUGGCUAUGUUAAUGAUGUUGAAGCAAAUUUCAUAGUAUGGGAAAUACAUGGCCGGAAUGACUAUAGCUUUAAUAAUACUAUGAAGCAGAGUGGCUGCUUAAAUGUAGCACAGACAUGGAAGUCAAUGACUGAGAUUAACAAGCACCUGCCAUUAGAAGAAGCCUGGGGACCUGAGAACUAUAAGCAUUGUUUUUCUUACGGUAUUGGAAAAGCAGGAGAUUUGAAUCAACCAUAUGAGAUUAUCAACAUUUCUAAUAAUAACCAUAUAUUUUGGCCCAUGAGCCAUUCUGGAAUGUAUGUGUUUCGUGUGAAGAUUGUGGAUCCAAACUAUAGUUUCUGUAACCUAACAGCUAUAUUUGCAAUAGAAACCUUUGGAGUGAUUCCCAGUCCAGGUGCCUACCUGGUAGCUUCUUUCCUCUUUGUCCUGAUGCUACUGUUCUUCAGUAUUCUCGUCUUGAGUUAUUUCCAUUAUAUGAGGAUUUAUAGACGAUAUAUUUAUGAUCCACUUCACAAACCUCGAAGGAAACGAAAGAAAAAUUAGGAAAAUCGAAAGUUUGUUUAUUACAGAUAUAUGUGGAUGAGGGAGUAUGUAUUAUAUGCUUAUAUUGGGGGUGUGUGUUUGACCAAGAAAUACUAAAUAUAAGCUCAUGUUAUCACCAAAUUCAAGGUCUCAAAAAUGUUGUCAAAUUAUCUGAAUACAGAAAUAGUUUCAUAUAAAUUGUGUGUUAUGAAAUUAAUCCUUAAUUUGUUUUAAAGGUUCUAUAUACUCUUAUAUGGCAUUUUUUAAAAAAUAAACUAAAUUUGACUAUU